AUGGCUGCAUGCGCGCGUGAGGGCGGCUGGGAACAGCAGCAGAAAGGUCAGGGCGACGAAGGAGACCUGGACUUCGUCGCACAGGAAGAGGAGGUGUGGGAACAGGAGGGGGGAAAGCCCAGGGAGGACAACGGAACGAUAGCGGAAGAGCAGCAGAGACUGGUGGAGCAGCAACUGGCGGAGUUUAUCAGACACAUGGAUCCGAACGCGGCAAAAGACUUCCCCUGCAAAGAGGCGACCAAGGAUGUUCAAGGCGCCGAAGUAGCGGGCCAGCGAAAGGGAAGGAAACAGGCGACGUCCGCGGGCGGCGAGGAAGUGAUCAUCGACGUUCCGGUCGACAAGAAGACGGCGGAAAAGCUGCAGCUGGCGCUCCGCCUGGCGGCGGACGUGCACGAGAGAGCGGAAAAGGAGCUGGAGGAGCUGCAGAUCCUGGCGCGCGAGUACGCCCAGAAAGCCGGUGCGUCACCUCAAGACCUGGGUUUCGAUAAAGAGCUCUUGAAGCCGCCCUGCGAAGCCCCCGAGACCGCCGAGACUUACGAAACCCCCGCAGUCUCCGAGGUUCUCGAAGCCCCCCGCGCGCUCGCGGCCGCGGUCACGCCCGCGCCCGCGCGCGGGCUGGUGACGUCAGUGGUAAUGCUGCCUGUCACCGUGGUGGAGGCGGCCGCGAACGCGGCCGCGAGCGCCGUCGAGGGCACGUUCGAGGUGACGAUGGACGUCGCGGAGGCGGCCGCGAACGUGACCGCGGCCGCGGUGGACGCGGCCGAGAGCACGCUCGAGGCGGCCGUGCGCGCGGUGAAGGAGGGCGUGCGCGAGGUGGCGGACGUCGCGAAGAGCCUGGUGGGGGGCGCGACGGAGAAAGUCGAAGUCGCGGCCGCAAAAGUGAAGGAAACGGCGGUCGAAGCCCCCAAGCGUGCGGUCCAAACUGUGAAGGGUGGAGCGGAAUACGUCGCGGGAACCGUGAAGGAAGGAGCGGAACGCGUGACGGAGACCGCGAAGGGCACGGCGGCCGUGGCUGAAAAGAAAGCGGAGGAGGUGGUGGAAACGGGCAAGGGCUUAGUCGGCAAAGCCGAAGAGAUGGUCGAGGAGACGGUCAAGGAAGUGACCCACGUGACGCGGCGCGCGGUUGAAACCGUCGAGGAAACGGCGGUCCGUCCCGCGGUCGAAGCGGUAUCCGAGACGGCAACCAAAGCGUACGAAACUGCAAAGGGGGCGGCCGAAAGCGUAACCGAGACCGUCACCGAGCCCGGGAAGGAGGCCGCGGGCCUGGCAGAGGAGGCCGCGAGGACCGUCAAGGAGGUGGGCGAGAACCUUUACGAAGAUACCAAGGAGGCGACCGAGAUCACCAUGGAGGCGGUCAAGCAUACUGUCGAGGAAAUUAUGGAGCAGGAGAGCAAGGUGCAAGCGGCCGUUAUGGGACAGCUGGAAGGAGGCGGGGCGGAAGGGGAGCAAGGGACCAAGGGUCCGGAAGUUCCCGCUGGCAAGGGUCCUGAGGCAGAGGAGUCCGGCAAGGGAGCGACAAAAGGGGCCAGCGACGUGGAGCUCGAGGAGGCGGGACGCGAGUCCUCUGAGGGCGGCGCCACGCUGCCAAGGACGCGCAAAGUGCGCUUCAGCGAGCGAGUCGAAGAGGCGGUGGCAAACCUGAAUCAGAUCGAGGAGGAGGUCGAGAUUGCCAAAGAGAAGCUGAGCACCGUCGUCGAGUAG